AUGAACGGAGAAGAAGAAUCACGUCGGACCAAACCACACAAUGAAGAUGAUCAUGAUGACAAUGGUGAUGAUGAUCGUUUUACACUAAGACGUCAUUCUCCUUCUAUGAAAAUAGAAGCCGGUGACAUCUUAGGGUAAACGACUUCAUGAUUAGGAAGGCAACGUAAAGCCAGAGAAGACAGCAUAUAGUGAUCACUUUAAAGAGCUGUCUUGACUAACGUUGACAUUUCCAUAAUUAAGACCCUUUAUUUUUCCUCGCCUUCCAUGUGGGAACGAGUUUGAAAACUUAUGAAACGAAUCAGACAAGCUUUUCUUGAAAUAAAGAAAUCCAUAAAUUGUUCCGAGCAAAAGUUAAAAUUCAUCUUAUCUGGGACCCCAUGUUCGGCAAUUGUUUUUGUUGUCGUAUAGAACAAUGUUAGUUGAGACAGCAAAUAUAUUUAAUAAUUUUAACUUUAAUUGGCCAGCCGGACUUCAUCUUUGGAGUAACUACAAGUCAUCAUCAUCAUCGACAACAACAACAACAACGUCAUGGACUUUUUUUUAUCUACGCCUUAGUCUGUUGGAUUGUUGGCCCCAGUAUCCAUGGUCCUUUGUUGGAGGAACAUCACGACAGAGUACAGCAGCCCAUAUAAGGUAGGGCUGAUUAAUGUUGGUACAAAGUUUGCGCAAAGCAGACUCGUUUGGUUUGAAAUAGCGUACGGCAAAUUGAAUUUCCACGGCACCGUUAUUCUUGCAAGAAGGUUCGCAGCUUAA